AGAUACGCCUUGGUUUAUUCAAACUAAACCAAGGAGGAUUUAUUAAGAUGAUGGCAACCACCCAGCUGAAAUUUUCGUAUUGAUUCGUGUGUUUGCAAAUACUUCUACGCAUUAAUAGUUUAUCUAUUUUUAUUACACAAAUGCCUGUCUGGUUCAAUUUAAUAUUUGGUGAAUAGUUAUCCAGCACUUAAUUCAAAAUUUUAAUUCAAGAUUAUGUACGUAAUAAUGCAAGAUUAUGUAAUAAAUUCGCCUUGAACUAAACAAAAGCUGAACUUGUGAAUAUGAAUUAGAAGUUGCUCAUUAUGUACUUUUUUGAAUUCUAUUGAGUUAAAUUCGUUACUACUGUCGAAGAGAUAAGAUCAUGUCUGGUGAAAGUUUGGAUCCUGAUGGCCCUGGAAGCAGCGAGGUGUUUUUUAUGCCAGAUAAAAAGGCAUACACAAAGGACAACAUAUUGAUUUACAAUAUUUUCGUAUACAACAUUCCAAGAUGGGUGAAGGUACCCGAUAUAACUCGUUAUUUUUCUAAGUUUGGCGUGAUUUCGGAAGUACGACUAGUGGAUGAUAAAAAGAAAUCUCGUCAUUCUUCGCUGGCAGUAGGAUUUGUAAACUUUGUCGAUCCAGAAAGUGCUUACACAGUAUUGAAGAAAUCGAAUCAUCGUAUACGAGGUUCACGUAUUGGGGUUAAAGCUGGCAAUAGUGGGAAUCAGUCUGGUGCCGAAAAGGCACAUAGCCAUAGCCAAGUGGUACGUGGAUCCCAACAAAAGAAAGCCAAAGCUUCGAACGCACAACAAAAGAAAACUAAAGCUUCGAACGUUGGUCCAAAACUUCGCCUGAAUAUCCUAUCGCUAAAUGAUGAUUGCUUAGAGAUUAUUUGCGCUCUAUUGGGGCUACGAGAUCAAAUACGUUUUGCGCGAGUAUGCAAUCGUUUUCAAGAAAUAUUCAAAAUGUUAUCCAUGCGCGCAUAUAAAAGGUUCGAAUGUCGUAAAAUCAUAGGGAUGCCAUUAUGCGAGAUAAGCGACUUCUUUCGUCUUGCCGGCAAAAAUAUUGAAACAGUGUCGAGCGAGGUACCAGAGAAGAAUCGUGAGCGCAUCAUUACAUUUAUUAGAACGUGCUGCGUCAACUUAAAACAACUCAAAUUGGUCAAUAGUCAAAUGGACCGCGAUUGUCUGAAGAAAUUACUUCGCAGUUUCCCUCUAUUAGAGGAGUUAAAUUUGCAUAAUUGCGAUAUACAUGACCUCUCAAUAGAAUCUCUGCAAUAUUUAACUCAAUUAGAGAGCCUGACUCUCUCCGCGAACAGUGAGCUAACAGGCAAAUUUAUGAACUUGUUGGUACAGCUGAAGGUUCUAGAUUUGUAUGGUUGUACAAAUAUUCAAACUUCCAAUUUGGUUGAAAUAUGCUGUUCCAUGCCGAACUUAAAAUCGCUCGACAUACGUCAUUGUGAUCAGCUUUCGCCAAUCUUUUUCGACACCAUGGUGGAACAUUGUCAGCAACUCGAAAUAUUGAAAAUGUCUAACCCAGAUUUUCCAUAUGAGCAUGUAACAUUAUUACCUCGACUGAAACAUAUUGAAUUGUUACUCCACUCGGUAUCACAUACACAGAUUUUUUUGAAAUUGGUCGAAAAUAAGUCGCAGCAAUUAGAAACCUUAAAAAUCUAUGGCAAAAAUUCAAUCAAACCACAAGAAAUAAAUUUCAUAUCACAAUUGGAAAAACUGAAAUCAUUAUAUUGCAUAAAUAAUCAAGCAAUCAACGAUAACGCGCUUCGAAAACUUGGCCAAUUAGAGCAACUUGAAGAGCUGGUUAUCAAACACAGUGGCAAUAUAACAAAUAAAGCUCUGAUAAAACUGUUGCGAAGGUGCAAGCAUCUGCGCCACUUAAAUAUACAUUAUUGCAAAAAAAUUACUUGUGAAUUCGUCUUAGAAGCCAUAAAUAUAUUAAAAGACCGUAAAGAUAGAUCUCAACUUCCACUCGUCAUUUUUGUAUACGGAACAUCUAUAGAUAAAUAUGGAAUGUCCGAGUGUCAGAAAUACAUGGAGGCUGAGAAAGAGGCACUUAUCAAAAUAGUAUUCGAAUUCUUAAUUGAUUAUCGAAUAACAGGAUUUACUGACAACGAUAUUUACGACCGAUGGGAUACCGAUGAUUAUACCGAUGAGGAAGAUGUUCUUAGCGAUGAUUUCUACCCCACGUUUCUACCCCACGCGUUCCCACGACAGUCGGUUCUACGUAACCGGAAUGACCCGGAUUUAUAUCCGGCCAAGGACUGUCACUUCAGCAGCAUUCCUCGUAUAUGCACGGGGAAUGUUUAUGCUGCUACAACAACAACAACCCCCUUACUAUCUCGCAGUUGGAAGAGCUUGGUCCCUUCGAUGACUGGUGAGUGACGUCGAUGUUGAGCAGGCGCCGAUGGAGCAUCUUACUCAAUUGGUUCGCUACAUACUGAAUGAUUUGAAAUAUAAUAAGGGUAACUUUUGAAAUAUGUUGGCAAAUAAAUGGUUAAAUAAAAAAUUCAAAACUGAAUUCACUUGUCAUUAGGCAAUGUGAAAAAUUAA